AUGGCGGUCUGGCCCCUCAGACGGAGUCCGGGGUCUUUCGGGGGGCGCCUCACCCCCUCCCUUCCCCGUCAGGGUCAGAAAGUCAAAGAAGGUGGAGAGACCCAGACGGCUGAUUUACACUGGCCGCCAGCAGGAGCCCGCGCUGGGCGUCCGGGCCGGGGCGACAGGGCCCAGACAACCACCUCAGGAAACGAGCAGAUGAAACGGGGGAGGGUCGUGCAGCCCCUCAACAACGCUGCCCAGGCCGCGGCGGGGCCGGGGGGCGCAAGAGGGGCAUCUCUGAAAAGGAAUUUUGACACACUGGAGGCGGCAGCGGCCGGAGGGCGACUGGCGGGGCGCACCGGCCGCCGUGGACUCGGGACGCUUCCCCUCGCCAGGGACCCUUCGCUGACUUCCCUCGGCCGCACCGCCCCGCGGGGAGCCGGCGGGACCCCCCGGCCGGCAGGGAGCGCCGGCGGCGGCCGCGGCACCAUGAGGCGGCUGUGGGGCGCGCUGCUGCUUGGCGCCCUGCUCUGCGCGCACGGCCUGGCCAGCAGCCCCGAGUGUGCCUGUGGCCGGAGCCACUUCACGUGUGCCGUGAGUGCCCUUGGCGAAUGUACCUGCAUCCCCGCCCAAUGGCAGUGCGACGGAGACAAUGACUGUGGGGACCACAGCGAUGAGGAUGGAUGUAUGCUGCCCACCUGCUCCCCUCUUGACUUUCACUGUGACAACGGCAAGUGCAUCCGGCGCUCCUGGGUGUGCGACGGGGACAACGACUGUGAGGAUGACUCGGACGAGCAGGACUGUCCCCCCCGCGAGUGUGAGGAGGACGAGUUCCCUUGCCAGAAUGGCUACUGCAUCCGGAGCCUGUGGCACUGCGAUGGUGACAAUGACUGUGGUGACAACAGCGAUGAGCAGUGUGACAUGCGCAAGUGCUCUGACAAGGAGUUCCGCUGCAGCGAUGGCAGCUGUAUAGCCGAGCACUGGUACUGCGAUGGUGACACAGACUGCAAAGAUGGCUCCGACGAGGAGAACUGCCCCUCGGCAGUGCCAGCGCCCCCCUGUAACCUGGAGGAGUUCCAGUGCGCCUACGGCCGCUGUAUCCUCGACAUCUACCACUGUGACGGUGAUGAUGACUGUGGAGACUGGUCGGACGAGUCUGACUGCUCCUCCCACCAGCCCUGCCGCUCUGGGGAGUUCAUGUGUGACAGUGGCCUGUGCCUCAACAUGGGCUGGCGCUGCGAUGGUGACGCGGACUGCGACGACCAGUCUGAUGAACGCAACUGCACCACCUCGGUGUGCACAGCAGAGCAGUUCCGCUGUCGGUCAGGCCGCUGCAUCCGCCUGUCGUGGCGCUGUGAUGGGGAGGUCGACUGCGCAGACAACAGUGAUGAAGAGAACUGUGAGAACACAGGAAGCCCCCAGUGUGCCUCGGACCAGUUCCUGUGUUGGAACGGGCGCUGCAUUGGGCAGAGGAAGCUGUGCAACGGGGUCAAUGACUGCGGUGACAACAGCGACGAAAGCCCACAGCAGAGCUGCCGGCCCCGGACUGGUGAGGAGAGCUGCAGUGUUAACAACGGCGGCUGUGCCCAGAAGUGCCAGAUGUUGCGGGGAGCAGUGCAGUGUACCUGCCACACAGGCUACAGGCUCAUGGAGGAUGGGCGCACGUGCCACGAUGUGAAUGAAUGUGCCGAAGAGGGGUAUUGCAGCCAGGGCUGCACCAACAGUGAAGGGGCUUUCCAGUGCUGGUGUGAAGCAGGCUAUGAGCUACGGCCCGACCGCCGCAGCUGCAAGGCGCUGGGGCCGGAGCCUGUGCUACUGUUUGCCAAUCGCAUCGACAUCCGGCAGGUGCUGCCGCACCGCUCCGAGUACACCCUGCUGCUCAACAACCUGGAGAAUGCCAUCGCCCUUGAUUUCCAUCACCGGCGUGAGCUUGUCUUCUGGUCGGAUGUCACCCUGGACCGGAUCCUCCGUGCCAACCUCAACGGCAGCAAUGUGGAGGAGGUUGUGUCUACUGGGCUGGAGAGCCCAGGGGGCCUGGCUGUGGAUUGGGUUCACGACAAACUCUACUGGACCGACUCGGGGACGUCACGGAUCGAGGUGGCCAACCUGGAUGGGGCCCACAGGAAGGUGCUGCUGUGGCAGAACCUCGAGAAGCCUCGGGCCAUUGCCUUACACCCCAUGGAGGGUACCAUUUACUGGACAGACUGGGGCAACACGCCCCGCAUUGAGGCUUCCAGCAUGGACGGCUCUGGACGCCGCAUCAUCGCCGAUACCCAUCUCUUCUGGCCCAAUGGCCUCACCAUCGAUUAUGCCGGGCGCCGGAUGUACUGGGUGGAUGCCAAGCACCACGUCAUCGAGAGGGCCAAUCUGGAUGGGAGUCACCGCAAGGCUGUCAUCAGCCAAGGCCUCCCGCAUCCCUUUGCCAUCACGGUGUUUGAAGACAGCCUGUACUGGACAGACUGGCACACCAAGAGCAUCAAUAGUGCUAACAAAUUUACUGGGAAGAACCAGGAAAUCAUUCGAAACAAACUCCACUUCCCCAUGGACAUUCACACCUUGCACCCCCAGCGCCAGCCAGCAGGGAAAAACCGCUGUGGGGAAAACAACGGAGGCUGCACUCACCUGUGUCUGCCCAGUGGCCAGAACUACACCUGUGCCUGCCCCACUGGCUUCCGCAAGAUCAGCAGCCACGCCUGUGCCCAGAGUCUUGACAAGUUCCUGCUUUUUGCCCGAAGGAUGGACAUCCGUCGGAUCAGCUUUGACACAGAGGACCUGUCCGACGAUGUCAUCCCACUGGCUGACGUGCGCAGUGCUGUGGCCCUUGACUGGGACUCCCGGGAUGACCACGUGUACUGGACAGAUGUCAGCACUGACACCAUCAGCAGGGCCAAGUGGGAUGGAACAGGACAGGAGGUGGUAGUGGAUACCAGUUUGGAGAGCCCUGCCGGCCUGGCCAUUGAUUGGGUCACCAACAAACUGUACUGGACAGAUGCAGGUACAGACCGGAUUGAAGUGGCCAACACAGAUGGCAGCAUGAGGACAGUACUCAUCUGGGAGAACCUUGAUCGUCCUCGGGACAUUGUGGUGGAACCCAUGGGCGGGUACAUGUACUGGACUGACUGGGGUGCAAGCCCCAAGAUUGAACGAGCUGGCAUGGAUGCCUCGGGCCGCCAGGUCAUCAUCUCUUCUAAUCUGACUUGGCCUAAUGGAUUAGCCAUUGACUAUGGGUCUCAGCGGCUGUACUGGGCUGAUGCUGGCAUGAAGACCAUUGAAUUUGCUGGACUAGAUGGCAGCAAGAGGAAGGUGCUGAUCGGAAGCCAGCUCCCCCAUCCAUUUGGACUGACCCUCUAUGGAGAGCGCAUCUAUUGGACAGACUGGCAGACCAAGAGUAUACAAAGUGCUGACCGGCUGACAGGACUAGACAGGGAGACCCUGCAGGAGAACUUGGAGAACCUGAUGGACAUCCACGUUUUCCAUCGCCGGCGGCCUCCAGUGUCUACACCGUGCGCUGUGGAGAACGGUGGCUGCAGCCACCUGUGUCUUCGGUCCCCAAAUCCAAAUGGCUUUAGCUGUACUUGCCCCACAGGCAUCAACCUGCUUCCUGAUGGCAAGACCUGUUCACCAGGCAUGAACAGUUUCCUCAUCUUCGCCAGGAGGAUAGACAUACGCAUGGUCUCCCUGGACAUCCCUUAUUUUGCUGAUGUGGUGGUACCCAUCAACAUGACCAUGAAGAACACCAUUGCCAUUGGAGUGGACCCCCAGGAAGGAAAAGUGUACUGGUCUGACAGCACGCUGCACAGGAUCAGCCGUGCCAGCCUGGAUGGUUCACAGCACGAGGACAUCAUCACCACAGGGCUACAGACUACAGAUGGGCUCGCGGUGGAUGCCAUUGGCCGGAAGGUGUAUUGGACAGACACGGGAACAAACCGGAUUGAAGUGGGCAACCUGGACGGGUCCAUGCGGAAAGUGUUGGUGUGGCAGAACCUUGACAGUCCCCGGGCCAUUGUACUAUACCACGAGAUGGGGUUCAUGUACUGGACAGACUGGGGGGAGAACGCCAAGUUAGAGCGGUCUGGAAUGGAUGGCUCAGACCGCACUGUGCUUAUCAACAACAACCUAGGAUGGCCCAAUGGACUGACAGUGGACAAGACCAGUUCCCAACUGCUAUGGGCUGAUGCUCACACUGAGCGAAUUGAGGCUGCUGACCUAAAUGGUGCCAAUCGGCACACACUGGUGUCACCAGUGCAGCACCCGUAUGGCCUGACCCUGCUUGACUCCUACAUCUACUGGACUGACUGGCAGACCCGUAGCAUCCAUCGUGCUGACAAGGGCACUGGCAGCAAUGUCAUCCUGGUGAGGUCCAACCUGCCAGGCCUCAUGGACAUCCAGGCUGUGGAUCGGGCACAGCCACUGGGUUUUAACAAGUGCGGCUCGAGAAACGGCGGCUGCUCCCACCUCUGCUUGCCUCGGCCUUUGGGCUUCUCCUGCGCCUGCCCCACUGGCAUCCAGCUGAAGGGAGAUGGGAAGUCCUGUGAUCCCUCUCCUGAGACCUACCUGCUCUUCUCCAGCCGUGGCUCCAUCCGGCGUAUCUCACUGGACACCAGUGACCACACAGACGUGCAUGUCCCUGUCCCUGAGCUCAACAAUGUCAUCUCCCUGGACUAUGACAGUGUGGAUGGAAAGGUCUAUUACACAGAUGUGUUCCUGGAUGUCAUCAGGCGAGCAGACCUGAAUGGCAGCAACAUGGAGACAGUGAUUGGGCGUGGGCUGAAGACCACUGAUGGGCUGGCAGUGGACUGGGUGGCCAGAAACUUGUAUUGGACGGACACCGGUCGAAAUACCAUUGAGGCCUCAAGACUAGAUGGUUCCUGCCGCAAAGUGCUGAUCAACAACAGCCUGGAUGAGCCCCGGGCCAUUGCCGUCUUCCCCAGGAAGGGGUACCUCUUCUGGACAGACUGGGGCCACAUCGCCAAGAUUGAACGGGCACACCUGGAUGGCUCUGAGCGGAAGGUCCUCAUCAACACAGACCUGGGUUGGCCCAAUGGCCUUACCCUGGACUACGAUACCCGCAGGAUCUACUGGGUAGAUGCACAUCUGGACCGGAUUGAGAGUGCUGACCUUAAUGGGAAGCUACGGCAGGUCCUGGUCAGCCAUGUGUCCCACCCCUUUGCCCUCACACAGCAGGACAGGUGGAUCUACUGGACAGACUGGCAGACCAAGUCAAUCCAGCGUGUUGACAAGUACUCAGGCCGCAGCAAGGAGACGGUGUUGGCAAAUGUGGAAGGACUCAUGGACAUCAUCGUGGUCUCCCCUCAACGGCAGACUGGGACCAAUGCCUGUGGGGUGAACAAUGGUGGCUGCACCCACCUCUGCUUUGCCAGAGCCUCAGACUUCGUGUGUGCCUGUCCUGAUGAGCCUGAUGGGCGGCCCUGCUCCCUUGUACCUGGCCUGGUGCCACCAGCCCCUAGAGCCACCAGCUUCAGUGAAAAGAGCCCUGUGCUACCCAACACAACGCCUUCCACCUUGCAUUCUUCUACUGCCCGGACCCGCACAUCUCUGGAGGAGGCUGAAGGAAGAUGCUCUGAAAGGGAUGCCCAGCUGGGCCUCUGUGCGCAUUCCAAUGAGGCCAUACCUGCUGUUCCAGGGGAAGGACUUCAUAUCAGCUACGCCAUCGGUGGACUGCUCAGUGUUCUGCUGAUGUUGGUGGUGAUCGCAGCUUUGAUGCUGUACAGACACAAAAAAUCCAAGUUCACUGAUCCUGGAAUGGGGAACCUGACCUACAGCAACCCCUCAUACCGAACUUCUACUCAAGAAGUGAAAAUUGAAGCGGUCCCGAAGCCGGCCAUGUACAAUCAACUGUGCUAUAAGAAAGAGGGAGGGCCUGACCAUAACUACACCAAGGAGAAGAUCAAGAUCGUAGAGGGAAUCUGUCUCCUGUCGGGGGACGAUGCUGAGUGGGAUGACCUCAAGCAGCUGCGCAGCUCCCGGGGGGGCCUUCUCCGGGAUCACGUGUGCAUGAAGACAGACACGGUGUCCAUCCAGGCCAGCUCUGGCUCUCUGGAUGACACGGAAACAGAGCAGCUGUUGCAGGAAGAGCAGUCUGAGUGUAGCAGUGUCCACACUGCAGCCACUCCAGAAAGACGGGGCUCUCUGCCAGACACGGGCUGGAAACAUGAACGCAAGCUCUCCUCAGAGAGCCAGGUCUAAAUGCCCAUGCUCUCUCCCCUGCCUGCCUGUUCCUUCUCCUUUAUGAACUUAAUGGUCCUUGUGCUCAUUUGUACAGCAGGCCCCCUUCCUAUGUGCUCAUCCUCCUCCUCCUCCCACCCCAUAAUUGCUCCCAAGUCUUCCCUGGGAGCUGUUUGGCACCUGAGUCCAUAACUACCUGGGCACAAGAAAUGAUGGCACAUGUCGAGAUGUAGACCUGGAUUUUACCAUGAACUUCACCACUUGUACUUGGUCCUGGGCCCCCUGAAACUGGGCUCAGUAAUGAUUCCUCAUCAGUGUAGAGCUCCACCUCCCCUUCCCUUGGUGCCCUCACUGCCUGCCCCACAGCACUGAUGUAGAUGAUGGCAUAAGACUGCACCCUCCCCCAUCGCAGCUGGCAUGACAGCUUCUCCAAGAGAACUCGCCCACCAGGAGCUGGGACGGGGUCAUGGGUAAAGAGGGGGAUGAAAGGUAGAGGCUGAGAGAAGAAGGAAGAGUCAACCAGCCGGUCUGGGCAUCUGGGAAACCCACAGCCUCAAGUGUAUUGGUGACAGGGAAAAGCUUUUGGGGGCAGUUGGGCCUCAGUGUCCCGUCCAUUGCUGGCAGUGGAUGCUAUUCUUGUCCUAGGAGUCAGUGUUUCAUCAGCUGUAGAUACUGAUGAGAUGUGAGUGUGGCACAAGCUAUUGGAGAAUGCCUGGAGCUGUUGUCUAUCCUCAGAGGUCUGGGGCCCCUAAUACACAGCUACAGGCUGAUAGCAAUUCCCUCCUGGUGGCACCACUGGCCAGGACCUUCCUGAGUCUUUCACUCUAAGUAACCAGGUUGUGAGGCAGUGGCUUGGGUGACUGUUGGCUUUUGGGGCCAACUCAGACCGAGUCUUAAAUGUCUAAGCAAAGCUCUGCUUCAGCCAUACAGCAUCCCCCUUGAGCUUUAAUAUUCUUCCAUUCUCUCCCCCAUUCUCUGGGGUUCUGACGGAAGAGCCCCCAAAACGAUCUUUCAGAAAAGGACCAGAGGUUUUCAUCAAUGAUGAGGAAGAGCAAUUAAAGACUUGGGACACCUGGGUGUAAAGAGACGCAUGCAUGAGGUUGAACCUCCUGUGUUCCUUGUUGAGUGCUCAGGGAUCUAAGUCAGUGGACAGACAGCCUGUGGCUCUGGGCUGAAGUUCCUGUUCCAGCUGUCUUCUCAGCAAAGUGACCGACUUCCCAUGCUGAGAUGCAAUUACCUGGCUCACGUCGUCACACCAAGGCAUGUGUCAGGGAAAUUGAGAUUUUUUUUUUUUUCUGCCCUAAAACGUCUCCCUCGCUUUUUUUUUUUUUUUUUUUUUUUUUUCUCCUAAUGUUGGGAAAGGAGGUGUGGGGAGCUAGUUGGCUUUUUUUGACCUAGCCUUGUAGCACCAGCAAUAUCCAAAGUCUAGUGGUGAGAAGGGCUAAAUGAAGACGCAAAGGGGUAGGUGAGGAGUUGAAAGAUUAAAAAGAAAUAUGGAAGAAACCACCUUUUCCAGCCCAGGGCAAGAAUUCUUUCCAGGAAUUAAUUCUGUCCAGGAUUUAAUUUUAAUUAGCAGGAGAGGGUGACAGGGGCUGAGAAUGGAGGGGAGGGCUUCUAGGGGAAGUUUUCCUAAGUUGAAAGAGCUCCUGUGAUUAUUGGUAUUGAGAAAUCAACUCCAACUAUGUGGGUGAAAAGGGACAAGAGCCGAUGUUUGCCAGUCAGUUCUAAAAUGGCAAGAGAGAUGCCAAGCCCUGAGCCCUGUAGAAGGCUCCAGCUUGGGGCCUACCCUUAGAGCUAGACGAGGCCAAGAAGAUUUCUCCAGCGCACAAAGUGAGAAAGGUAAGGUGCCACUUCCAAGGGGAAAGGGGACAUUUCACACUUGAUGAGGCAGUGAAAGAAGGAGCACUUUGAGUCCUCAGAUUUGCCAUUGGGAUGGAGGAGAAAGUAGAAAAGUGACAUUUUCUUAAUGAGAGAGGGGGAAAGAUCUUAUUGCACUUGGGCUGUUCAGAAUGUAGAAAGGACAUAUUUGAGGAAAUACCUAUUUGAGCACUGAUUUACUCUGUAAAAAGCAAAAUCUCUCUAUCCUAAACUAAUGGAAGUGAUUCUCCUGCGCUCAUGUGUAAUGGUUUUAACGUUACUCACUGGAGAGAUUGGACUUUCUGGAGUUAUUUAACCACUAUGUUCAGUAUUUUAGGACUUUAUGAUAAUUUAAUAUAAAUUUAGCUUUUCUUAAUCACCUCGCCUGGCUUGGAGUCAUAACUAAUCCUGCACCUGCUGUUUGGCAGACCCAUGCUGUGUAAAACCCACUUGCAGCUAUCACCUCUAAGUCCCCAAGGGUGUGGGGACUCUGAAGAGCCAUAAAGGCUUUGAGGUUCCUGUGGAAGUUUCAGCUCAUCCUGAGAGGACAACUCGAGACCAGAGUUCAUUGACUUGGAAAACCCUCAUAUCCUCUGGAGGAGGGGUGACGGUUUCAUCUUGAAGACCGACUCUGGUUGGCAGUGUCUGCUUGAGGUCCAGUGUACCCUCACUGGGGGAAGUGUCAUCUCCUUUGGAGCCCGGAUGGCAAUGCCAUGGCACUUAUACCAUGUAUCUUCCAGUCUUUGAGGACUUCCGUGUCAGAGAAAUUGAGUUUGCUUUGCAGCAAUGUGCUGAAAGAUGGUGACAAGGAGGGCUGAUUCCACUCCCAAAUCUGUCACCAGCUCUGUUUGGUCUUUGUCAGCUUUCAUAGUUACUCUGAGAGUAGAUCAAAUGAUCACUAAGAUUUCAUUUAUUUUAAAAAGCUGUCUUCUCAUAGCUCAUCCACUACAUCUCAAGACUGGAAUGGGAGUUGUGGGGGUGGGAGGAAUCCCUUCUCCAGUGCUAUAGACAUGCUGUUCUUCAAGGAAAACAGGGAAUCAUGCUAGUUUCAAUACCAGAUAUAGAAGUUGAUGCCAAGUCUCAAUAAUUGAUUUUUUUAAAUCAUCACUGUCUGCUCCCAUUCAUUCAUCUCCUCCUAUGGACACCACCCAUCUACCCAUGCAUAAACAGGAAAGACACAGCUC